AUGGAUCGCACAGGCCCACCUCAAUCCAGUCCGCUACUGCAACAAAAAUGUAAAGAACCCACAACUACCACAGUGGAGAAGGACCCCAACCAUGGUCAAACGCAGAAGAACCUUACAGCACACCCCCGAGGAUGCCUUUCAGUAUUCCCUAAUGCUCUAGCUGCAAUCUUACGCGGUGUGGCUCGAGGAUGGAAGGCAUUUGCUAACGGUUCACUGCGGUUAUGGAGAAAGGGCUGGACGGCGGAGACAUGUAGUUGCAUUUUUGCGCUGCUGUCGUUGAUCGGUCUUGUUCUUACGCUCAUGGCUCAUCAAGAUCGCCCCUUGCCAGAUUGGCCUCAGAUUGUUAGCAUCAACUCCAUCGUCUCUCUGUUCUCUAUGAUGAUUAGGGCUGGAGUAAGCAUGGUACUCGCCGAGGGGAUCAGUCAAUCGAAGUGGCAAUGGUUCCGCAAAGCACGCAAGCUUGAUGACAUGGCAAAAUUCGACUCCGCCAGUCGUGGUGCAUGGGGCUCUGUCUUAUUCAUCUUCGGUCUUAGGAUCAAGAAGCCUUACUUUAUCGCUGCGAUGGGCGCUCUUGUCACCGUCAUGUCGGCAUUUACUGGAUUCGCUGCUCAGCAACUUGUCGUCUUCAAUGAUUGCCUUCGUACUGAUGAAAGUGCCGCAGUCGGAAUACGCAAGUCUAAUGUUUAUAACGCCAGUGGAGAAAGGACAUAUGUACAAGGGUUCGACGAAUUUCUUCCCAUGAGUGUAGCUAUGGAUGUUGGGAUACUUCAACCGCUUGAGGACACGACUACUCUUCUUUCUUACGGAUGUAAAACUGGUAAUUGCACUUUUCCGGCUGCAAAUGGAUCGACAUUUUCAACUCUGGCUACCAACCACUGGUGCGAAGAUGCUACAUCGGAAGUAGUGGAAGUACCACUCAACUACGACGAUGCUGAAUACUACGGCUAUUUGCCGACGGAAUUUUUGAUUCAAAUGAACUGUGGCGGCAGUCCCGAGGCAUGUGCUGAGGAGAUGAGUCACAGUUCACCAAAUAGUACCAACGGGACGGCUGCCCUCACGACUGAUUAUGAAUUCACUAUGAGAAACGGCACAAAAGCAAGGAACAUUGGUCUUUCUCUGUCACUUUCCGACAACCUCCUUUCUUACCCCCCAGUCAAGUUUUUGCUUGCCGGUUGGCCUGGAUCCAUCGUUACUGGCGUAUCACAAGGACAACUUGGUUACAAUGGCACCAUAUCGACGAUAGGCAUGAUAUACAUAUCGAACUCCACACGCGAGAACUACGAGUAUAAAGCGAUAAGAUGCGGGAUAUAUCCCACAGUCAACACAAUGAAGGCUACAUACCACAAUGGUGUCUUGAAGGAAGAGCUAAGCAAUAGCGUUCGUAUUGGUGAAGACGUAGCCUUUGGCCGCACUUCUGUCUUCCGUCUAGCCACGAAGCAAACCCUCCGGAACGGCACAGAAAUUCCCUGUGAUGAGCGCAACACUGACACACCCGGCUAUCUGCCCGUCGCAAAAAUCAACAUCGACGCCGCACCCAUCAAUACAACCUACCUGGAUAUGGAAGGCCCAGGUGCGGAAACCGUGUGGUACCCAGAAGACUGCGUUUGGGCCAUGACAGUCACGGGUACGUCUAGUAUCCGGAAACAUCUCAUAACCAUUUACGACACACAGUUCCUCACGUUUGUACCAAAUGGCCGCUCUGGAUCUGCCGCUAUGCGUGUCUUGUGGAAUGACGGUGAAAUGCGAAAUGCGCCUUUAGACCACGUCGGCAGUCUGAUGACAAACCUCACCACCGCCAUGAACACUGUCCUCCGUACCCACGGCAUGCCGGGUUUUAACAAGCCUGCUGAAGGGACAAUGUGGUACACAACAACCUGUAUCAACAUAAAUUGGACGUGGAUCGCCUUUCCUGCUACAAUGAUAGCACUUUCAGCUAUUUUCCUCUUACUGGUGCACCUUGAGAGUAGGGGCGUGGAGAGCGAGAGGCUGUGGAAGAGUUCGAUAAUGGCAAUGUUGUUUUGCGAGAUGGAUGAUAUCAUUACGGGUGAGGCUAGGCCGGUGGGCAGACAGCGGUUGGAAGAGGUCGCUGCAAGUACUAGCGUGAGUCUAGGGAAAGAUGAGGGAAGUUUGAGGCUGGUUGCUAGACAGGCUUAA